CUCUGGGAUAGACUACUGAGCCCUGCGCUGCCGCCGUCAAAGUCCUGCAGGCUUACAUGUAGAUCGCCGAACGAUAGUUUCGGCAGCCCUUCUUGAUCAUAGCUUUGCAGGAGGCCGCGGCCAGUCCCUCGCCGGAACCAUGUUUCGCAAUCAGUAUGACAAUGAUGUCACUGUUUGGAGCCCUCAGGGCAGGAUUCAUCAAAUUGAAUAUGCAAUGGAAGCAGUCAAACAAGGUUCAGCCACAGUUGGUCUGAAAUCAAAAACUCAUGCAGUGUUGGUUGCUUUGAAGAGAGCACAGUCAGAGCUUGCAGCCCACCAGAAAAAAAUUCUCCAUGUUGACAACCAUAUUGGCAUCUCAAUUGCAGGACUUACUGCUGAUGCUAGACUUUUAUGCAAUUUUAUGCGCCAGGAGUGUUUGGAUUCCAGAUUUGUAUUUGACAGACCGCUUCCUGUGUCUCGUCUUGUAUCUCUAAUUGGAAGCAAGACCCAGAUACCAACGCAACGAUAUGGACGGAGACCAUACGGUGUUGGACUGCUUAUUGCUGGUUAUGAUGAUAUGGGCCCUCACAUUUUCCAGACCUGCCCCUCUGCUAACUAUUUUGACUGCAGAGCUAUGUCCAUUGGAGCCCGUUCUCAAUCAGCCCGUACUUACUUGGAGAGGCAUAUGUCUGAAUUUAUGGAGUGCAAUUUGAAUGAAUUGGUUAAACAUGGUCUGCGUGCCUUACGAGAGACACUUCCUGCAGAACAGGACCUAACUACAAAGAAUGUUUCCAUUGGAAUUGUUGGUAAAGACUUGGAGUUUACAAUUUAUGAUGAUGACGACGUGUCUCCAUUCCUGGAGGGUCUUGAAGAAAGACCACAGAGAAAGGCACAGCCUGCUCAACCUGCUGAUGAACCUGCAGAAAAGGCUGAUGAACCAAUGGAACAUUAAGGGAUAAACCAGUAUAUAUAUGUAUUAUCAAAUAUGUAAGAAUGCAAGAACACAUAUUGAUAACAAUAAUUUUUACUUUGAAGCAAAAUGGAAAUGGUGGAGUGGUAUGUUUUAGGAAUCAGUCCAGAUGUGAAUUUUUUCCAAGCAACUUCACUGAAAUCAUUCAGUAGGGUGCAUUUUUCAUUGAGGAGCUAUAUAAUCAUUUUCUAGAAAGUGUAGGUAUCUACUAAUGUUUUUAUAUGAAGAACAUAGUGUCUUUGUGUAUUAAAGACAACUGUGAAAUAAAAUUGUUUUCACCUCCUGGUG